AUGGAACACUGUUGCAUUCAAACAAUUUUUUUUCCCCUCUUCUUCUGGACUUCAGGUGAUGUGAGCCCUGUUCUCCCGAAUCCUCUCUCGCAGACACACCCCAUUUCUGUGUCAGAAGGAAUACGCUGUACCGGAUCAGACAUGAAUGCAACUCAGGGGAUGGUCACACAGGAAGCUUUAAUGGAGCAGUUAGUGAUCAAUCAUCCAGGCAUUGCAGUUGCCUCCCACAGCAUCUUAUAUAAUAUCCUUGGCCCUCUAAUUAAAGAAAGGAAAACCUCCCAUACGGGAGAAGGAUUUCGGGAAAACAACAGAAGGGUCCCCUUGGAGGACGGUUCUUGCUGUUCACUGCCUUCCGUCACUUACCUGGUAAACAUUGAGUGCUGUGCAGGCCUAGGGAGAGAAAACAUUCCUACGGUAUCCCAUUACAGAACCUGCCCUUGCUUCCCUGAGCAGAAUAUGCUCUGUGAACAAAGACGUCAGGUAAGGAACCGUGAACCUAAUGGAGAAGGUAAGAAAGGCUGCAGUGAAUUGAAGCCUUCAGUUCCAACUCAAGGGAUCUCCACAUCUGCUGAAAACCAUUCCCGGGACACCAUCAAAUCCCUGACAUCUGUGAAAGACAAACAAAAAAAAAAAAGGUUUGGCCUUUUCUGGAGAAGUGCUUCUAAAAAAGAAAAAUGGAAGAAGGAGUACUCCACUUUUUCAGCCCAGUUUCCUCCUAAGGAGUGGCCCGUCAGGGAUGAAGAUGACUUAGACAAUAUUCCGCGUGAUAUUGAACACAAAAUCAAGAGUAUUAACCCUACUCUUACAGUUGAUAAUUUGAUUAAACACACCAUAUUAAUGCAGAAGUUUGAGGAGCAGAAAAAGUGUAUGAGUAAGGGUACCUCGGUUGAAGUGCCAGUAGUCGGGCAAAGCCGUCGUUCACAGGACUGUGUUCAAAAGACACGAAGUAAACCAGCAAAACACACCAGGAAAACAAAAUCAAAGCAAGAGAAGCAGGUUAGCAGAAGCAACAGGACAUCUCACGUACGUGAGCCAACAGCCCGAGAUGAGAAACUGGAAGGGCACCUUUCACUGCCUAUCAGAAACCAACAGCCAUCAGAUGUAGCAGUGGAAUCUGAUGUCAUAUAUAAAAAACAAAUUAAGAACCCUUUUCAGGGUUUGUCAUGGAGACACAACUUCUACGUGAAAGGGUGCAGAGGUACUACUAACGGCCAGCUGAAGACCAGGACUCGAAAGCCAGGAAGGGCUUUACGAAGGCCACGGUCCUUGGACUCCCCAGAACCCUUUGACUGUGAAACCGAACAGCAGGCUACCGAACCGCAGGCUAACAGAGCUAAGCAAAGCAAACUGCUCCACGCUAAUGGGUCUUCCCUCCAACUAAAGACAGACAGUUUUAGUGGAAACUUCAGUUAUCCACAAGGCAGUGCGUUGCAAAUAGAUAAUGAAGGUAAAUACUUCCUGGAGAGUGAUAUUUCUGAAGAAAACAUCUACAGAACAGUAAAAAAUCAUGGGGAUAUUAAAAAAACCCCUCAUUCCUACACUGAAGGUAGUGGUGUGUGCAAAGAAGAUGCAAACUUCUCAUUACAUCUGAAAGAUGGACCCUGCAAAGCUGACACUGUGUGUGAGUUAUUAGAUCAAACAGCAAACGAAUUUAGAAAUGUCCAUCUUUCAAAUUAUACAGCCAAUGUUAACAUGGUAAAAAAAACAGGUGUGAAAUACAGACAAACGACUCAUAAGAAGAGUGAAGUUAUAUUUAAAUAUGACAGUGCCAGCCAUCCUGGAUCAAUGAGGCUGGAAAGCGUAGGAUUUACUGAUAACUGCCAGCUUCGGUACCAAAAAGCACAUGAUGGUGAUACCUGUGACUGGUUACAUCUGGAUGACAAUUCCGAAGGCAAUGAACCACGUCACCUCCCUCCUGCCCAUGCUUUUUCAGACACAAGAGGCUGGAGUAAAGCUGUGCAAAAGCUGGGGGCAGCUGCACCCCUAAAAACCUGGAAAGUCAGUACUUAUCCCACUCAGUACGACACAACUGUAAAUAAAGGUGACUCUGGAGAGCAUGGAUGUAAGGAAAGUGCUAGUUUUGCAGAAUCAAUAGAUGGCUCAAAAGAGCGUCCAAAACCAGAUUUCACAGGAGAAAGUUGUCUGUGCAGUCAGGUUCUUCUGACAGGUCACAGAAAGGAAGAAGAAACUGGCCUUAUUGAAGGUGCGAAAGCGCCGUCUGAGGUGGACUUCUGCCACGCUCAUGAGGCUGGCUCAGACGCUGUGCAGAACUCUACCUACGAGACAGGUGAAGUAGCGGCACAUUUUGGCUCACAGGCUAAAGAAAGUAGAAGCCCUCAAGAGAAAAAAGAUCCGAUUUUUAAGAAUGCAUGUACCGUGAUAUUGGGACAGAAACACUCGGAAGGGACAGAAAACCACAGCAUUACAGGAGACAGUGGCAUUGACUCCCCAAG